CAAUAAUCGCACAUGUGAUCUCUGGAAAACGAGAAAUUCCAGUCGAUGGAACUCCAGUUGACUUUGUUAAUCUUUACCGUAAUGCCUGGAAUUGUGAUCCAAAUUCACGUCCUGACAUAACUGAAAUCCUUAACGAGUUAGACUGCAUUAAAUUGUCUCUGAUACAUGCAUGA